AUGAAAGAAAAGUUGCAGGAUGUUUAUAAAAUUCUCUUAACAACUCUGCCUUCAGGUAGUUCCCAUCAUUCGCAGAGUGCACUAUGUGCAUUAUUAUUGCCUGCUCACAACGAUUCGCGAGGAGUGUUUUUUGUUGUGGUUGUAAAAAAGUACGUGAAGUUUAAUGGAGUAAGCAAUCACAAUUGCAAUGAUGUUAAGCAUCGUUUGCAACACAUCAUUUGUGAUGCGAAACAAAUUUGGGUUUGCUGUUUUAUGGUCUUCGGUAUGCUACCAGCAGUUCCUACACUAACCUAA